UUUCAUCACUCGCAGCCGUUUGAGGAACGAAAAAGCUUUCUCUAUUUUCUUUGCUGAACUCGAAGGAGUUGGCUCUUUGUUUCGUUCAUUCGGCAGUGUUUAGAAUUAUCAAUGCCUGGCCAUUGCUUGCAGGUAUAGAUUCACCAUGCCGGUGGGCAAAGUAUUUUUUGACCAGUAUUCCGUGUUCUGCGUCUUCGGGAGCGUCUUGGCCUGCGUGGUGGUGCCUCUGAUUACUCAGUCUUUGGAGACGCUGAUUUUGUCCAUCAUUCUAAUUGGGCUGACAGCAAGUCGAUGGCUACAGCAGCGUGGCACACAAGGAGACGCUGGCAAUAAGGGUCAUGGGCGGGACAAUGAACGCCGUAGAGCCAGGGAUGCUCAGUCGCAGUCACAGGCAAGGCCAAGGCGGCGUGUCAGACAACCGCAGGCGCCUGCGCAAGAAGUGACGGCCGAGCAACGGCGGCUUCGUGAGGAGGAGAUCAGUAAGGCGGAGGAAGCACGGCAACGUGAUGAGGAACGACGGGAAGAAGAUAAACGUGAGAAAAAGCUGAAAAAGAAACAAGAGAGAAAGGAACGUAAAGAACAAGAAAAGGUGUCAGCUGCUAAGGAGACAAGGCCUACUAGCUAUAGCAAUGGCAGUCACGCGCACACCUCAGCAAGCAGCCGUGAGAACUCCUUCUCUCGGACCAGUAGCAACGGCAGCAGCGGCGAACCCUUCACGCGGCAUGCUCACCGACCGGGGGCUGCCUUCACACAAACCUCAGCAAAUAGUAGUAAUAGUAGUAGCAGUGGCAGCAGUGCCUUUUCAGCUUCAGUUUCAUCGUCAUCAUCUUCACAUAGUAAAUCACAUACUGCCAACGCGCAGACAGCACACCACCACCAGCCAUCAUCAUCAUCAUCAUCAUCGCAGUCGUCACAUCCGGCAAUAGCGCAGGAUCAGCGGCAGCGCGCCUGGGCCCACUCCAAGUCCACCUCCUCGUCGCUAUCCUCCUCGUCAUCCCGCUCGGCAUCACGGCCGGCAUCGCGAUCGACGAGCAGCUCCCCACCGCCACCAACAACAGCAGCCCUAUCACAGCCUCAACAGCAUCAGCAGUUCCCAUCGUUGGUGCAACCGGCGCAGAUGCGUUCUUCAGUGACCACUACAACUACUUCGUCAACCUCGUGCCCGUACUCGUCAGUCGCGACGGGAUAUACGACGCAGUGUCGAAAAGUGAGUGAUAUGUCCACAGUCAGUUCGUCACCGAGGAAAGCAUUUGCGGAGGUAGCACCAUCAAUGCGACCAACUACGGAUGCUCAAUCCUGGAACAAGUCGUAUGCGAGACUCCAGCCGCAAGCAUCCAACAGUAGUGCCGGCAGUGGCCGUGCAACCACCAGCACCGAUGGCAGUGGUCCUUUAGCGUUAGGCGCCUCAACCUCGUCGUCAUCAUCUUCCUCACAGCAGCAACGAGAAUCAGAAUCGGGUCGAUCAAAGCUCUCCUCUCCUGUAGGUGGCUCACCAUCACCCCCGAGUGUGUCCGCCGCGUCCUCCACCACUAGCGUUUCAUCUCACCCAUCUGUUCACGACGUCAUUGAGAGCGCCUUGCAAAUGAUCGGCGUACAAUCGGACGCUGAGUCAGCUGCCCCUGCCGCCUCCACCACCGCCGCCGCCGCCACUUCGGAAACAUCUGGCAUGACGGCCGCGACACCGCACGUGUCGGCGGCGAUGGUCGCCCGUUCGGAUCUCACGGCCGAACAGCGCGUGGCUGCGUCCGUGUCCGGAGCCGCCGUGGCGACUGGCGGAGUGCCGAGCGUCGCCGCGCGUCCCAGCACCAUGCCGUAUAUGCCCAGCGCAGUACCAGCCCAACAACAAAAGCAGCAGCAGCAGCACGCAGGCGUGCCGCUGUUGUCUUCCGUUCACGGCGGCGGCCAGUCCCCAGUGGCCACAACAGCGACGACGACUACGACGGUACCAUUGUCUGCGCCGAGCUCCGAACACGCCACAUCGCCUGUGAGACUGGUGACGUCCGGUUGGGGUCCAGAGCCUCUGCCAAUGCCCUGGCAAGUCAGAGAGGCUCAGCAGCAACAACAACAACAACAACAGCAGCAGCAGCAGCAACAACAACUCUUACACCGACACCAACAGCACGGAAGCUUUCAACAGCAGCAGCACCACCACCAUCACCAACAGAGGCAGCAGUCACCGCCCUACUUGCAGCAACAGCAACAACAGCAGCAGCUGCUGCAUAAGCGCCCGUACCAUCAACAGCAGCCACUCCAGCAGCAGCACCAACAACACGCACCGCCGCAGCACCUUACUUCCGUCCACGGUCAGUCCAGCAACGUCGCCUUGCAUCAUCAGCCACGAUCGCCCAUGGUGCCACCGGGAGCAACAGCAACAGCAGCGGGGUCUGUACAGCAUCACACAGCAGCAACACCGGCGGCGGCAACGGGAACGUCCAUGCUGUACGCUCGCCCGGCGGCGGGUGUACAUGCCACUGUCGCACCGCCAGUCGCCACCGUCAAUCCCAUCCCGCAAGGCAUGCCACAGCAGCAGCACCAGCAGCAUUCUGUCGCCAGCGGCAACUCUCCGAUGUACGCGGCGGCUGGCCCGAAGAAGCGCACCGCCGACUACCAGACGCAGAUCAUGUCCAGGGAGGUCACCGACAGUCUACUGCACCGCGGCACCGGCUACUCUGACUACCCCAAGCCGGCGUCCGCAUCCGCAGCUGCUGCCCCCAGUGGUGGUGGUGGUGGUGCUCGCCUGGCAUCGCAAGUCCCGCCGCCCUCGCACCACCUGUACUCGCUGUUCGGCGGCGGAAUGUCGGCCGAGCGCGGCAACGUGUUCACGGCAUUUCAGCCGGAUAGGCUAGCCUCCUCGGCUACAAUUGCAACUGAACCGGCCGUCGUCUCCUCGUCUUCGCUGCUGUCGUCAUCGCCGAUUGGAUUCUCUGGUAUUGGCGGUGUCGGUGGCGGUGGUGGUGUUGAGGCCGGUAAAACCAACACCCUUCGCACGGGCGUUCAGAACUUUUCCUCGUUCAGCCAGUGGUAGCCAACUGGUCUUGUCGGACUUCACGGUCGCCAGCACUGUGUUUGUCCCUGGGUCUGGUUGCACGCCUGUCGUCGUCCCUUCUCCUCUCCGAACUGUCUUAUAUUUUGUUUGUUUUUGAUCCUUUGGCGCUGCUUGAGUGCCCCCUCUCUGUACUGCUGUGUAGGUGCGUAGCGUGUGUUGUGGCAACGCCGGAAGGGCCUGCCUGGUGUGGGCCCUGUGGCGCAACACACCACAAGGCCCAUGCAGUGGUGGAGUUCCCACCCUGUCUCGGUGCCACGCUUCUUCCACAUCAGCGUGCACACGCGCACCGACAAGAACCCCGUUACCAUAUUAACUCUUUACCGCCUGGUGCGUCUCGUUGUCAGUCAUCCAUCCACGUUGUGUGUUCUGUCUCGAUACUUCUUCGUCGUUGUCCGACUGCCUGGCUCUCUUUGGCCGGUGCUUCAGCAGCUGUGGUUGCUGUUGCUUCUUCGGUUAGUCUCGGCCCAUCGCACUGUGUCUAUGUACUGAGUUUGGUUCUCCAGGGCUCUGCGUCGUCCUAUGUGGCAACCAGUGCCUUUCGGAUACCUCUGUGUCCUAGUCACUCGUCCUCGUUUAGUUCUCGCGGCGGCGUUGCUCGCGCUGCCCUCGUCUAGUAUUUCUCCGUUCGUUUUUUUCGUAGCCGCACGUUUCUCUCACGUCACGACGGCACACAGAUUCGUAUUCUUAUCACAGCUCACAAGUUUUUAUUCCGUGCAGCAGGUAUUGCCGACUAUUAUCUCCUCGCAGCGCUGCCACUUUUCCCCCUCUCCCUCACCCGUUCACCGUGUGCAUCUAUUGUGUCUAUAGCGCUGCCGGUCCUUUCGUCUAACCCACUCAUUUCCGAAAUUAUCCUCUGAAUACGCUGCACCCCCCCCCCCCUCCUGUGUGACACAUUUUUUUUCGGGUACACGUCCGAAUCGUAUAACCAUACAUGGUUAAGAAAAGAAUGAGAUUGAUCCCCCGUUUUCCUGGAGCAUGGCUUAAUUUCAAAAUAGCUGCAUAUAUAUGACAUAUUAGCAUUGCGUUUUUUUCGGACAAAACUCAAGUGUGCAUACUGCGUAGCGCUCUGUUCAAUUAUUUUAAAUCCCCGGUCCCCUUUUUUUCUGUGACUCUGUUUGUCACCCGAUUUUGCUCUCUCUCACACACACUUUAGUGUUGGUUUGUGUGGAGCGAGGAUUCUUUCUAACACACAGUGGACGCUAGCAGAAUAAUAGUUCAUACUCCUGCUCGUCCUAUAUCGCCUUGUUUUCUAUUUCAUGUGUGAACUGUGAAUCCUAUCAUUCUUCUUUCAUUAACAUUCCGGUAGUAUUAAAUAA